AUGGAAAAGGCCGACAUUGAGAAGGCAAGCAGUCCUGUAGCUGUAGAGGCCGAGAAGCACGUCUCUAUCGAUGAUGCCGCCACCGCCGAACCAGCGCAGGGGAAAGCAAAGACUCGCCCGCAGCGAAUAGCCUCCUUUAAGGACUAUGUGCGAGUUUUCCAAUACGCAACAAAAUGGGACUUUGUCGCCUAUGUUGCCGGCGUCUUUGCCUCCAUUGGCGCUGGCGUCACGCUGCCUCUGAUGAACGUAGUCUUUGGUAAUUUCGUCGGAAGUAUAAGCGACUUUACCAGUGCUUCCGGCCAAAACCAGGAUGCCUUCCGUAAAAGGGCAGAUAAACUCUCCCUAUACAUGUUUGCCCUGUUCCUUGGUCGACUAGGGCUCAACUACAUCAACAAGUUUGCUUUUCGAAUGAUUGGAAUACGGAUAUCCUCAGCCAUCCGAGUACAUUACUUGACGGCACUAUUAGGCCAAACCAUACAUGUUCUCGAUUCGAUGCCCCCUGGCUAUGCUACCACAACAAUCACAUCCACCAGCAAUGUGCUCCAACUUGGCAUUUCGGAGAAGCUCGGCGUCUUUUUUGAGUACAACGCAACCAUUGUUGCUGCCAUCAUCAUUGCAUUUACUCGCAACUGGGCUCUCACGCUCGUUACAUCCUCGGCGAUUCUCUUCAUUGCCCUCUCCGUGUCAGUACUAUUGCCUAGCAUCGUCAAAGGUCAUGGGCGCGUAACCAUCGCUGAAGGAAAGUCAUCUGCCGUCGCAAGCGAAACGUUUGCUAGCAUUCGCAUGAUUGCAGCGUGCGGCGCCGAGAGUCGAAUGGUAAAGAAAUACGGAAUAUCUGUUGAGGAAGCCAAAAUGCACGCUCAGCGCACAUCUCCAUUCAUGGCCUUGCAGUUUGGACUCAUUUUCUUCAGUGUCUUCUCCGCUUUUGCGCUUGCUUUCUGGUAUGGAACCAGGUCCGUGGCCGAGGGCCACAUUGAUAAUGUUGGGACGAUUGUUAUCGUUUUGAUGUCUGUCAUGAUGGUCGUCUUCUCCCUGGAACGAACCACCACCCCCCUUCUGGCUGUCAGUAAAGCUACGGUUGCCGCUGCCCAGUUCUUCACCGUCAUAGACGCCCCCCAACCGGAUAAAGGCCAUCUCAUGGACCCCGCAGUUUCUGCCACGGAAGACAUUGUGUUUGACAAAGUCACAUUCGCUUAUCCAAGCCGUCCCCAUGUCAAAAUCCUAGACGAGUUGGAUCUCCGCAUCGAGUCGGGCAAAAUCAAUGCCAUUGUUGGCCCAUCAGGCUCUGGAAAGAGUACUGUUGUAGGACUGAUCGAAAGGUGGUAUACGCUUAAGGAACAAUACGUCAUUGAAGAAGCCGUGGAACAGAAAAAGAAGAAGAAGAAGAAGAAGCCGAGCGAGGAGGAAGAGGAGGAGAUCAGUGCGCAAGAACCAGAAGAAACAGGCCCGCCCGUGAAACUCGGUGGCACGCUCACAACAUGUGGUCAUGCUUUAGACGACAUCAACUUGAAGUGGUGGAGAUCACAGAUCGGAUUAGUUCAGCAGGAGCCCUUUCUCUUUAACGAUACAAUCUUCAAAAACGUGUCAAACGGCCUAAUCGGGACGCAGUGGGAGAAUGAGUCGGAAGAGAAGAAAAGAGAAUUGGUCAAGGAAGCAUGUGUCGAAGCAUUUGCUGAUGAAUUCAUCGACAAGCUUCCACAGGGCUAUGACACUGCGGUUGGCGAUAGUGGCGCGAAGCUGUCCGGCGGUCAGCGUCAACGCAUUGCCAUUGCGCGGUCUAUCGUUCGAAAGCCAAAGAUCCUUAUCCUCGACGAAGCUACAAGCGCGAUCGAUGUUCGUGGAGAGCGUAUAGUCCAGGCUGCCCUCGACCGUGUGGCUAAAAAUCGAACAACAAUCACGAUAGCUCAUCGCCUGUCCACGAUCAAGAAAGCUGACCGAAUCAUCGUUAUAAAGAAAGGAAAAGUCGUGGAAGAGGGCACGCACGAGAGCCUCAUUGCCUUGGAUGGCGGUGUCUAUUCCGGCCUCGUCCAAGCUCAAGCACUCUCGUUGGGAGGAUCACCCCAGUCCGACGACAGCGAUGAAAAGGAAGACCUCUCUGAAGAUAUAGUCCGCGAAAAGAGCCAUGCCAUUUCUGAAGCCGAAGCUCAGACUAGCAGCAGCACCGAGAAGCAGCGGAACAUCUUCAACAGCUUCGGCCGCCUGUUUUACGAGACCAAAAGCCACUGGUACUUGAUGUUUCUGACGGUGUUUUUCGCCGCCUGCGCUGGAGCAGCGGUUCCACUGCAGGCCUGGCUGUUUGCAAAACUCGUCGUGGUGUUUCAAUUUACCGGACAGGAACUACUGCACGAGAGCCGGUUUUGGUCUCUGAUGUGGACGAUCUUGGCGAUCGGUGUUGGCUGCGCUUACUUUGGAGCAAUCUUCGCUUCCACCAGGAUGGCGUCAAUUAUUCGAGCCAAGUAUCAGCAGCAGUAUUUUGAAGCCAUCCUUUACCAAAAGACGUCGUUUUUCGAUGAUGAGGAUCAUUCCCACGGCACCAUGACGGCUCGUGCUGCGGGAGAUCCCCAGAGACUCGAGGAGCUGAUGGGAGCUAACAUGGCCAGCGUCUACAUUGCCAUUUUCAAUCUCACCGGAUCCAUCGCUAUUGCCUUUUCCUUCGGAUGGAAGCUGGCCCUAGUUGGUGCUGCCGUGGUUAUGCCUAUUCUUCUAGCCUCGUCAUAUUGGCGCUUCAAGUAUGAAAUCCAGUUUGAAAAGAUGAACAACGACGUCUUUGCGGAAAGCUCCAAGUUCGCCUCCGAGUCUAUUGGCGCCUUUAGAACAGUCACAUCCUUGACCUUGGAAGCCCCCAUCUCCCAGCGUUUCGAAACACUGUGCAAUGGCCAUGUUAAAUCAGCAUUCAAAAAGGCUCGUUGGGUCAGUUUCCUCUUUGGAUUUGCCGAUAGCUGCACAUUGGCUUGUCAGUCUCUCAUCUUCUACUACGGAAGCCGUCUUUUGUCGGCGGGCCAGAGUUUCGGCUUUGGACCAAACGCAGCGCAGGUCACGGCGGCGUCGAACAGGAUCCUGAACACGAGAGAGACCAUGAUCCAAGGCAAGACUUCUGGAGCAAAGAGUCUGCCCGAAUCGGAGGGAGGAAUGAAAAUUGAGUUGGAGGAUUUGCAUUUCAAGUACCCGACGCGAGACAUCCCAGUCUUCCGCGGACUGAACUUGACCAUUGAAAAGGGUCAGUUUGCGGCUCUUGUGGGAGCAUCCGGAUGUGGCAAGACGAGCAUCAUUUCCCUCCUAGAACGGUUCUAUGAUCUCGACAAAGGCCGCAUCUUGUGCAACGGCCAGGACAUCAACGAGGUCAACAUCUUCGACUACCGCAAACAUCUCUCACUUGUAGCUCAAGAACCAACUCUCUUCCAAGGCACUCUCAGAGACAACAUCAUCCUCGGCGUCGACGAAGCCACCGUCACCGACGAACAAAUCCACCAAGCCUGCCGCGACGCCUCCAUCCACGAAUUCAUCGUCUCCCUCCCAGAAGGCUACAACACAAACAUCGGCUCCCGCGGCGUCUCCCUCUCCGGAGGCCAGAAGCAGCGCGUCGCGAUUGCCCGCGCGCUCAUUCGAAACCCGGAAAUCCUGCUCCUCGACGAGGCCACCAGCUCGCUCGAUUCCGAGAGCGAGAAGCUCGUCCAGGCGGCGUUUGAGCGCGCCGGAAAGGGCCGCACAAUGGUUGUCGUUGCGCAUCGGCUGGCCACGGUGCAGAAUGCCGAUGUCAUUUUUGUCCUGGGAGAGGGCAAGCUGCUUGAGCAGGGAAGCCAUCUGGAGCUGUUAAAGAAGAAGGGCGUUUAUUGGCAAAUGUGUCAAAGCCAGGCCUUGGACAGGUAA